GAGAGAGAGAGGAUUCUGUUCUCCACACUAACUAACGCACUUUACCAUCUUGGCUCUCCAACUAUGUACCUGCAACCUGCCCUUGCAGUCAUCCCCCUCCUCUCCCUCCCCCUGUCCUCCCCGGCGGUUGGACAGUGGUAGCGCGGACUGAGCAGCUGGAGUGCGCAGGGCAGGCCGGCCGGCAUGCACCUGGAGAGCAACCGCCCCGCCAAGCCGUCCAAAGGGCUCCGCCGGAGACACAGUGUGCACACGGACGCUCUAACAGCAGCGGGGAUAUAGCAGCAGAGCACCGGGCGGAUAUCGGAGCUGCAGCAUGGGCGGGGAAGAGACAGAGGCACAGCCAAAAUGAAAGCCAUGUAAUUCCACGGACAUAAGAAGAGGGGUGGGGGGAACCCAGCGUUUGGAUCAGAGUUGUCACGGGUGUAUUUUUCUAUGGGGCUUGGUUUGGUAGGCUAUCUUGUUCUCUGAAAUUCACCAAACUCAGUACUUUUUUUUUUUUUGCUCUGCCAACCUCCACUGUGUAGUUUAAAAGGAUGGAGAGAGGCGCACAUCAGCCGCAGCUGUCCAAAAGCGCACAGAGUCCGCCAGAGGACAUCUCCAAAAUCAGUGACGAGGAGCUGCUGAAGUGGGGCAAAGAGGAGCUGGUGCGGCGGCUGCGGAGGGCAGAGGCGGGGAACAGGAGCGCCAUCGUGGAGCACGGCAAUCUGAUGCGGGAGGUGAACCGGAGACUCCAGCAGCACCUGAACGAGAUACGAAGCUUAAAGGACGUGAACCAGAAACUGCAGGAGGACAACCAGGAGCUGCGGGACCUGUGCUGCUUCCUGGAUGACGACCGGCAGAAGGGGAAGCGUGUGUCGCGGGAGUGGCAGCGUCUGGGCCGCUACAGCGCAGGCCUGAUGAGGAAGGAGGUGGCUAUCUACCUGCAGAAGCUGAAGGAGCUGGAGCAACGGCAGGUGGACGUCAUGCGGGAAAACCUGGAGCUCAAGGAGGUGUGCCUCAUGCUGGAGGAGGAGAGGGCUGCGGCCGUGGCUGGAGGAGGGGGAGGGGGAGGCGGUGGAGGUGUGGGCGGGCAUGGAGGCCCCGGCCGUAGGAGCUCCAUUGACAGUCAGAGCAGCUUGUCCCAGCUAGGUGGAAGUGUCCCAGCACCUGGCCUGCUGCGGGAUGUUGGCGAUGGGAGCAGCACCUCCAGCGCGGGGAGUACUGAUAGCCCAGACAACCCCCACCUCAAACCCCCUCCCGUGGGCUCCAACACCAGCACUGGAUCCAGAGGUGUCUCCUCUGAGCACGCCCAGAAACCUGCCGAUGUGUAUGAAUCAACAGGCAGGAGGCACAGCUCCACCCCAGAGUACCACACCUUCCCCCAGUCCUGCCGCCCCCGCGGGGGGUCCCUCACCAACGUGGAACCCCGUGGCCUUCGGGGACACAGCCCAGAGAAACACAGCAAGUCCCCCACCAGGCUGCCAUGUGACUACCACCCUAAACCCUGCAGCUCUGACCUAGUAGCCCACAAACAGCUAUUGAUGUCCGGGCAGGCGUCAGCAGGCUGUGGGAAGGGCACUGCCAAGUCCAGCCCAGAGCUGAGUCAGAGACACCGGUCGGUUACCAUGGGGCAGGGGUCAGGCUGUGGGAGUCCUGAGGCCAUGCUGGCAGGCAUGGGAACGCCUGAGCACCUGAGGAAAGGCCGGGUGAUUGUGGGUAGUCCAGAGUCUAUACGGCACCACCAUCACUAUCAGCAUAGCACCGGGCUGGAGCACGGCAAAGGGACCUAUAGCAGUGGCUCCCCCGGCAGGGACGGGGUGCAGAGGAGGGCAGCGGGAGAGGAGAUGGCUCCCCACCAUCAGAGUCUGUACAACGCUCUGAUAUCUGCUGGUUGCUGCACCAACUCCUGUAGGAGUGUAAAGCUUUGGGACAGCUUUGAUACCUCCUGACCAUGAUAUGCCUCUUGAUCAGAUGCUGCUGUGACAACACACACCCCAGAGAGAGGUUAUUAGCAGAAUGGAUGGAUGGUUGGAUGGAUGAAAGAACGAGUGGAUCGAGAUAUAACUGGAUGGAGAAAUUAUCAUGGAUUUCAAAAUCAAGCAGUGAGGGCGAGGGAGCAGAUGAGUGAAACAAGGCGACGAAACACUGGAAACACUUAAACACUCUCUCUGCCCUGUCUGCUGCUGCUGCUAUGCAUUUCCCGUGGACUACCAGAAAAGAGUGAAUGUCAUUGUUUGGACGGUCAGAGGCCAAUCAUUGUAUUGCCAAAAUGAAGAGAGAAAAAUAAGACAGCUGAGAAUCUUUGUGUUGCCAACAAAAUAGUCCUACCUCUUUGGAAAGACAGAGACUGUCUGGAAGAAAGAACCUUUACAUGGAAGAGUAACACUGGAGGUUACAGCCCCCUUUUCCUCGCAAUCUCUUCACAAUCACAAUGCCAGUGAUUAUUUUAAAACUUAUAAUACCCAAUAUGUGAUGAUGGUAACUACUUUUACAAAGUCAUUGUGGACCUGGAAUUAAAGCACAAAAUAAGUUACUGAUUCAUUUUAACUAAAAGAGGAGUUUUGAGUUAUUUUAAAAGAUAAUUCUGUUUUAAUACAACUCUGGUCAUAUUUCGUAGCCUCAUUUUUAGUAACAUUGUACUCACCAAAGUAAUUGCUGAGAUCUGGGAACACGGCAACAUCGCUACAACAGUCCAACAGGGCAAGAAACAUAAGAGGUCAGACAAUCAGACAAGUCAUAAACAAGCUAGUUUAGCUAGAUUAUCUAAAACACUUUAUUUGGAGGUUAUACUGAAAGUGAGUGCACCACAAUUGUUGAUAGUAAUCCCCCACUGCACAUGAAAACUAUGUUCACACCAUUACACACAACUAAUGUUUUCAGCUCUCAGUACAUUUGCAGAUUCACUUAUUCACAAGUUUCACUAAUACGUUCCUUUUCUUCUUUUUUCAUUUGCAACAAUUAGUCGAUUAGUUAAUUGACAGAAAAAGGUAUUGCAACAAUUUCAAAUCAUUAAUCAUUCUGAGUAAUUUAAUUAUUAGAAUGCCAAAGUUCUUUGGUCUCAGCUUCUUAAAUGUGAAUAUGUUCUGGUUUCUUCUAGGAUCUUUGGACUUUGAACUGUCAGACAACACUAGACAUUUAAGGAGAUCAUGUCCUUGGGCUUUGGGAAAUUGUGAUUUGAUUUGUGAUUGUGAGGAUUGUUCACCAUUUUUUGACAUUCUACAGACAAAACGAUUCAUUGAGAAAAUAAUCAACGGACAAUUGAUAGUGAAAAUAACUGUUGCAGCCCUACUCUCAUUUAACAAAUAUCAGCCUCAUUACAAUUUACUGAUCACUUUCACAGCCGUAUCAGAGCUGUCAGAGAUGGCAGAUUCUGACUGCCUUUGACUCGCGUUCUCACUUUCGAAUUCAAAAUGUUGCUAGGCUUAUAAAGUGAAACAUUUCAGGCUGUUCUCAUGAACCAUUUGUACAUAUAGUUAGAAAAGUAAUGCACUGUAAUUUGUAUGUAAUCCACGUAGUUAUUACUGUAUGCACCAUAUUGACUGCUGCUAUAAGACCGCUAAGAUCUGUGUAGGGAGAGGGUUGGGGUGCAUAAAUGUAUCCAACAACACAGGCUUUCAAGUAGGGAAGCAGAGUUUGUGUCCUGGAAGAAGUUAAGGGGUAAACACAAGACUUAACUGUAACAGCUGCUAAACUUUACUGUUGUGACCGGUCGUCACGUGACCAGCCGUGACCACCAUAUAUGAUAUCAUACCAAUUGUUGUGCAUAAGUUUUCUUACGAUUUUAUACAAACCCCUUCAUGAGAAUGCGUUGAACAUUUUCCUACAUGCUAUGUAUCUGUGACGGAAAUUAGCAAAGCUUUCUUGGGGGUGCUAUUGGUAAAAAUUAGCCUACACAACUUUAUGGUCAAAUUUGGCACCUCUUGUUAGCAGAUCAUGGAUAAAAAAGAAACAGCAAACCUGACUAAGCACUCAUGUUUUUUUCCCUAAUCAGACGUUUUAGCCAUGUCACUGCGUUCCCAGAUCCCAGCAAUUAACUUGAUUAGAGCUAAAACAAUUAGUCGGUUAAGGGAUUAGUCGAUGAACAGAAUAAUAUCUAACUAUUUAGAUAAUCAUUUAAUUGGUUUGGUCAUUUUUCAAGCAAAUAUGGUGAAAAAUGCUACACAUUCUCAGGUUUCAGCUUCACAAAGGACAGGGUUAUAAUAGUAAACUUAAUGUGUUUGGUUUUUCACUUUUGGUCAGAAAAGGCGAUGGUAUUUUUUCUUUUUACAUUUUUGUGAGAUUUCAUAUAUCAAAUGAUUAUUGGUUAGAUAAUCACAAAAUAGAUAAAUAAUGGGCAGAAUAAACAAUAAUGAAAAUAAUAGUUAGUUGCAGCCUUAAACUUGAUGAGUGCAAUGUUAUUAUUACUGAUAGAAAUUAUGGUGAAAACUACGACACUAUAAGCCAGGUUGUAAUAAAGACCAAUUAUACUUUAAAAACCUCCAUCAAACAAACAGUUGUUUUCUUUGAGCAUACUGUAUAGUCUGUUUGGAAUUAAAACACAGCAGUUACCAGAACAGCUAGCAUUUACCUCCAUUUGAUUAAAAUAAGCUAACAGAGAAGCAAAUGUUCCAGUUGUCAUAUUUGGAAGUUUGCAUAGCUUCUGUGUGAAAUUGUUGUUCCUGUGUAGUUAUGAGGCAUAUACCCAAGGUGCUGUAACUUUAAGGGUUACAAAGAGAAUAUAUAGAGAAUGUGUGAGGGGAAUUUAAAUAUGUUGUUGUUUAUGGGAGAAGGAAAGGUUUGGUUAUUUUCUGCACCUUGUUCAGCUUUUGUAUCAAGGUCUGUUCCUAUACCAACAGUGUUAGAGUAUUCUAAACCUUGUGUCAGCGUUCAGUCAUGUAUAUGGGGCUGUGUGUGUUUGCUUGUCAUUUUCCACACUUCCAGGUAUUUAGACACGGACAACAUGCAUUGUGCAACAUUUUAUCACAGCAUGUUAAGGAGAUAUGCAGGUGUAGAUGCCAGAAGACACAAAUAGAUCAGGAACAGUGGAUACCCAGCAACACUAUUUUCAGUUUAUCUAGAUUUGAAUGCUUCAAAGCCUAAAAUGAAAACUCCAUAAAU